UCCUAUAUCAUUAUAUCCUCCAAAGCAUAAUCUAAUCUCAGGGAUGAGGUCUCCUAGUAGCGACGACGCCGGUGUGAAAAAGGGGCCGUGGACGCCGGAAGAAGAUCAGAAGCUGAUGGAUUAUAUUCAGAAACAUGGACAUGGAAGUUGGAGAGCACUCCCAAAGCUUGCAGGAUUGAAUAGGUGUGGAAAGAGUUGCAGAUUAAGAUGGACUAAUUAUCUAAGACCAGAUAUCAAGAGGGGGAAGUUCUCUGAGGAUGAGGAAAGAACUAUAAUCCAACUUCACUCAGUUCUUGGAAAUAAAUGGUCCGCGAUUGCUACCCAUCUCCCUGGAAGAACUGAUAAUGAGAUCAAGAACUUCUGGAAUACCCAUUUAAGGAAAAAGCUUCUCCAAAUGGGCAUUGAUCCCAUUACCCACAGACCAAGAGCAGAUCUCAAUUUCCUAUCAAAUCUCCCUCAUUUGCUUGCAGCUGCAAGCCUUCUCAAUCAGAUGAAUCCAUUGGACAGUGCUCUAAGGCUACAGGCAGAUGCUGCAGAGAUGGCCAAAAUCAAAUUGUUGAAUCUACUACGACUGGUUAAUAGUAGUGCACCUGCAAAUAUGGAAGCAAUUAAUCUCUUGGGUUUGACGAGUCACCUUCGAGAUUAUCGCCUUAAUGAAUACCUUCAAUCAUCACAAACCCAAUUCCAAGGACUUCUUAACAACCCUCUUAGCCUUGCUCCCAACCCUAAUCAAAUGCAAUCUAGUUUUUCAAAUUUAGGAGCCCCACAAUCUACCAGUUGGGAAGGAGGGCCUAGUUGGACUGUUCUUGAGAAUGAGAAUAAUAUCUGUAAUGACAAUUUGAAUAGUUCAUCAUAUGCCUUUCCUCUUGUAAACCCUACUUGUGCAUCAGUCUCAGCCUCUCCAGAGUCCUCUACAGCAAAUCAAAUGGAAAAUAAGAUCAUUAAUCCUAAUGAAAUCUCAGCCCACUCAUCUACCUCAACCACUUUUGAUGCUUUGGGAGAAUUCAAUCUUGAUGAUGAAACCAGUGACUUUUGCUGGACAGAUUUAAUUAACCAAACAUCUAAUCUCUCUUGGCCAAUCACAUCUUAGCACGUGGUUUUCGGAUUAUAUAUAUAUCAAGGGAGAUUUCUGAACAGUUGCUCCUCACCUUCCAAAGUGUUCCUUCAUAGUUUACUUUACAAAAGGAGAUUCAAGUUAUGUUUAGAACCAAUUCAAUAGUCUGUUAUUGUAAAAAAGAGGGGGGGAGAGUGUGAGAACAAGAUAUUACUCUUUUUUUUUUUUUGUCCCCUUUUCAUUUUAUUGCUUCAUUGUAUUAUUCCCCCUGAUUAAAGUUACAUCAUUGUGUUGAUCUUCACUUA